AUGACAUCCAAUCUUCCUAUCAUGUUGGCAAGAAACUUUCUUGGCGUGGUUCGCGCCAACUACGAAGACGACGACUCUAGCUCUUCAUCUCCCGCUUCUCCCACCUCUCCCACCUCUCCCACCUCUUCUUCCGCGCCUGCGUCACCCAAUACCACCACUCCGACGUCCUCUUCGUUACCCAACGCCGUUUCGAGCUUCUUCUCGGGACAACCCACUAUGCCUCAAUUCCACCGUCGAGCCUCCGAGAGCGGGCCCGCCGACAGCGAAGACAAGGGAAACAGAGUGCCUAUGGCGAGGUUCUGGGAGGCUGGUGGUAAAGAAGACUCAUCCGUUCAACUUGCUAUGGAACAUGUUCAAUUCGGGUUCUAA